CCUUUCCCUUCUUUUCCUUUUUUUCCUGAUUUUUACCUUCCUUUUCUUCCUCUCCCUUCUUUUCCCUUUCUUUCCUUCCUUUUCCCAUCCCUUUCAUUCCCUUCUUUACAUUCCUUUCUUUUACCUUCCCUUCUCUUCCUUUUCUUUCCAGUCUUUUAUCUUCCUUUUCUUCUUUUCCUCUCCACUUCCCUUUAUUUUCAUUUUCCUUUCCCUUUUGCCUUCCUUUCCUUUCCCUUCUCAUCUUUUCUCUUCCUUUCUUCCUCUUCCUUUCCCUUCUUUUCCUUUCCCUCUAUUGUCCUUUCUCUUUGUUUCCCUUCCAUUCUCUUCUUUCAAUUCUUUUCCUUUCCUUUCCCUUCCUUUUAUUUUCCUUUUCCUUCUCUCCUUUCCUUCCCAUCUUUUGCCUUCCUUUCCUUUCUCUCCCUUUUCUUUCCCUUCUUUCACCUUCUUUUUAUUUUCGUCUCCCUUCUUUUCCCUUCCCUUCCUUUCUUUUUAAUUUCUUCCCCAACUUUUCCCUUUGUUUUCCUUUCCUUUCUGUUCUUCCCUUUAAUUUUUGUCUUUCAAUCCCCUUUCUUUCCCUUUCCUUCCUUCCUUCCAUCCAUAAAAGGGAUGGAUUCGAAUCCGGCUCCGCUUUUCCUGGCCUGGAUCCUGCUUCUUCUCAGCCUUCCUGGCCUCCAGGUCCUGGCGCAUCAGGGAUGUGAGCAUGGACACUUCACCCUGGCCGGAGACUGCUGCGAACUCUGCCCUCCAGGUUUCGGGGCCACCGUCCCCUGCGGAAGUGCCAACACCAAGUGUGAGCCUUGCCAAGAAGGUGCCACGUUCUCCUCCACCCUGAGUGCCACGGAGCCGUGCUGGCCGUGCUCCUCCUGCCCUGGCAAUGUACCGGCGCUGGAUGCAUGCGCCCCGACCCGGGACACCGUCUGUGCCGCCCGCUGCCCCCGGGGCCACUUCCAGGCCCAGCGCCCGGCCAAUGGGAGCCGCUUGGGUGGUGGGUGCGUCCCCUGCCAGCUCUGCCCCGGGGGCUACGGAGCGGCCAAGCCCUGCAGCCCCGGCGCCGACACCGCCUGCCAGAAGUGCCCACCGGGCUACUACUCUGAGAUCAAGAGCGCCUUCGAGCCCUGCCUGCCCUGCCGGAGAGAGUGCGGACCCAACGAAGUCAUGAUCCAGGCCUGCAGCCCGCUCUCGGACACCCUCUGCAUGGAGAAAGAGCUGCAGAUCUUGAAGCGGACGGAAGGAGAUCCCCGGAAGGACAUCCCCAAAAGGACACCCCACUUGGACACGGAAGGCUUUGGCAACGCUUCCUCUCCUGGGUUUGCGGCCGAGGAAGAGGACAACAGCAAGGACAUCAUCCCCGUCUACUGCUCCAUCCUGGCCGCCGUGGUGGUGGGACUCCUGGCCUACGUGGCCUUCAAGUGUUGGACGACCUGCAAGCAGAAGCACCAGCUGGCCAAGGCCCGGGCCGGAGAGACAGCGGUGUCCCCCGAAGGGGAGAAGCUCCACAGCGACAGCGGGGUCUUCCUCGACACCCACAGCCUCCAGGAGCACCACCCGCUCCACAAGGCACACAGAGCCGAACCCCGCUUGUUUGUGCACCUCCCUCCGCACAAGAAGGAGGAGGUGGAGCAGCUCCUGGAGGCCCCCAACCACGGCAAGGACUGGCGCCGCCUGGCCGACCACCUCGGCUACCAAGACGAGACCGUUGAGAUCUUUGGCCGCGGGGAGGCCCCCGCCCACACGCUGCUCUCCGACUGGUCGGCCAAGGAGGGGGCCACGCUGGAGGCCCUGAGUGCGGCCCUCGUGGCCAUCGAGAGGGAGGACGUGGUGGAGAACUUGAACUCUCCAGCCGAGAUCAGCUCCGUGGUGUGAGAAGGAACCUGCUUCAGCGAUGGGCGGACGCUCGGGGUUGUUUUGGUUUGUUGAUUUGAGUUUGACUAAGAGGAAAGCCGGGGAAGGGGAACCUUUUGUUGUUAUUGUAAAGGGAUGAAAAAGCGAUACCUUGAGCAGACAGUGGACUUGGUGAAUGCCAGCGUGACCUCCUGGAUGGACAACUUUGCUCACAUUGAAGAGACGCAACUGUACUCAAUCUAUAGACGGUCUGCUGUUUUGGAGACUUUCAACGCCGUGAUAUUAUGUAGGUUGACAUCCAUGGAAUCCAUUAACACCAACGUAAGGUUAGAUCAAGGAGAUGAAACUGUAUUGGUCCAUGGGUAAGAGAAAGAACUGAGCCCAUUUGCUUAUUUGAAGACCUCCAUGGUCUAGAGCUCAUAGAGAUUGACAUCCAUGGAGUAAGGAAACACCAAUAUGAACUUCUGGAUGGAUAAUCUAUGGACAUUGAAGAGAUGGAGAUCUCCAAGCUCCAAAUAGGUUGACAUCCAUGGAGUCUGUGAACGUCUAUUGUUCCAUUCAUAGGACAAUGAACUUUCUUUUUGCAAAUCCAAUCUCUAAAGAUCAUGUAGAUUAAUAUCAGUCAGGUCUGUGAACACCAGUGUGACCUCAUGGGUAUAUUGAAGAGAUGCAACUGCGUCUCUUCAAUGCGUAGGACAAUGAACUGAGUCUGCUUGCCGAUUUGGAGAUCUCCAUAGUCUAGAUGUCCUGUAGUGGACACCUAUGGGGUCAAUGAACACCAGUGUGACCUUCAGGGUAUAUUGAAGAAAUGCAACUGUAUUGAUCUGUAGGUAGGACAAAGAACUGAGCCUGCUUGCCCAUUUGGAGAUCUCCAUAGUCCUGUCGUAAACACCUAUAGGGUCAAUGAACAUCAGUGUGACCUCCUCGAUAUAUUGAAGACACGCAACUGUACUGAUCUAUAGGUAGGACAAAGAACUCAACCUGUUUGUAGAUUUCCAUGAUCCAGAGAUCAUGUAGGUUGACUACCAUAGGGUAAUUGAACAUCAACAUGAUCUCCUGGAUGGAUGAUCUCUGAGAUGAAACUCUGAUGGUUCUAUGGGUAGGACAAAGAACUAUCAUUUUACAAGUAUGGGGACCUCCAUGCUCUAAGGAUCAUGUAGGUUGACAUCCGUGGGGUUGGUGAACAUCAAUACGAUCUCCUAGAUGGAUGACUUAUGUUCAUUAUUGUUGUGGGAUAGGUUUGUGACUUACAGUUUUCCAAUCAUGCCCUCCCUGGAACCACUGCACACUGGACAAACAAAUACCACAGAAGCAAGCAAAACAUAGCAGAGUCCAUUCACCACAACUAGCAGUUUUGCUCAGUUAAUGUCUUAUCAGCAGAGUACAACUGCAACAUCUGACCUUCUUCAGAACACUGUUUAGUAAAUUCACAUAUUCAGGAGGCUUUCAUCUUGACAGGUUGCACUAUUUACAGCUGUCCACAGAUCAGGAUCCACUGAUCCACAAUCAGGAUUUGUUUUUACAAACAAUUAGCAGAUACAGAGAUAUACUCAUGACGAUGUUCACAUUUCUGCCAGCCCCUUAGGUAUUUCAUCAUUGCCCACUUAGUCAAUCCAGAGGUAUGCUACCACAUGUCCAUCAGAACUGUAUUUUACACAUAGACUCAAUGCUGGAGCAUUUCUAUCCAACAGCUUUGAAGAGAUGCAACUGUACUGAUCCAUCAGUAGGAUGAACAACCUGUUUGUCAAUCUGGAGAUCUCCAAGCUCUAGAAACCAUGUAGGUUGACAACUAUGGAGUCAAUGAACUCCUCCAUGACCUCCUGGGUAUAUUGUUAGGGAUGCAACUGUAUUGGUCUGUGAGUAGAACAAAGACUGGAGCCUGCUAGAGAUCAUUUAGGUUGAUAUCCACAGAGUCAAUGAGCAGGAACACGAUCUCCUGGAUGGAUGACCUAUGGGCAUAUUGAAGAGAUGCAACAGUGUUGCUCCAUGGGUGGGACCAAGAAUGGAGCCUGCUAGAGAUCAUUUAGGUUGAUAUCCACGGGGUCAAUGAACACCAACAUGUUCUCUUGGAUGGAUGACCAAUGAGCAUGUUGAAGAGAUGCAACUGUGUUGCUCCAUGGGUGGGACCAAGAAUGGAGCCUGCUAGACAUCAUUUAGGUUGAUAUCCACGGGAUCAAUGAACACCAACACGAUCUCCUGGAUGGGUGACCUAGGCAUAUUGAAAAGAUGCAACUGUGUUGCUCUAUGGGUAGGUCAAAGGACUGUAUCAUUUUGUGAAUUUGGAGACCUCCAAACUCUAGAGGUGAAGUUGAUUGACAUCCAUGAAGUCAGUGAACACCAACAUGCCCUCUUGGAUGGACAUCCUAUGGGUAUAUCGAUGAAACAAAACCAUAUUGAUCCAUAGAGAGGACAAAGAACUGCUCCUGGGUGCUGGGAGACCUCCAUCACUUAGACAUCUGCGAGAUCAAUGAACACCAACAUGACCUCCUGGGUGGAUAAUAUUGAAGAGAUGCAACUGUUUUGAUUCAUGGAGAGGACAAUGAACUGAUUUUUUUUUUUGCAAGUUUGGGGGCUUCCAAGCUUUGGGCAUCAUGUAGGUUGACCUCUGUGUCUCUUGUCCUCCAUUGUGGAAGCCGCUUGGAUUCAAUGUCCUUGGGUUUUCCCCCUUCAUCCUCUUUGCCAAGGCGAUAGGACCAAAUGGGAUAUUGGAUGGAGAGGUCUACCAUGCAAUGAAGUUCUGCAAUUCCAAAUAGGGAGAUCUGUUCUCAUGGUUGGAAUCACAGAGUUGUGUCUUUUCCGGACUGUCUGGUCAUACAUAUAUAUAUAUAUAUAUAUAUAUAUAUAUAUAUAUCUCACAACUUCUGAGGAUGCCUGCCAUAAAUGUGGGCGAAACGUCAGGAGAGAAUGCUUCUGGAACAUGGCCAAACAGCCUGGAAAACACACAACAACCCUACGUGGCGAUCAUGUGAAAACCUGAUCUCACUCUGCUGUAAACUUCUACUAUAUGAUUAUUUUCUUUCGUUCUUUUAUAAAGAAGGGAUUGGGGAACUUGGUUGGUUUAUAUAUGUGUGUGUGCGUACAUCUGUCUUUAUUUUAUUUUGGUGGGUUGAUGGAUCAUUUUGUCAAAUUCUGCUGUAAUGACCAGAAGAAAAAGGUGGUGUUUCCCUGGUCCUGAACAGUCACAUUAAAUGCGGUUUUUGGA